AUGGGGCCCCCCCACCACCGGGAGGCUGGGGACCCCCGCCGCCCGGUGGAUGGGGUCCCCCGCCACCAGAGUGGGGCCCGAGGAGACCUCUGUCCCCUGACUGGGGACCGAGAGGACCACCACCGCCAGGCUGGGGGCCCCAUCCAGAUGACUGGCUGCGCCCCCCUGAGGACUGGGGCCCCUUACCAGAGGACUGGAGGCCCCCCCACCCAGAGGAAUGGAGGCUUCACUGUGAAGCCUGGAGGAGGUACCGUGAAGAAUGGAGGCACCCGGAGGACUGGGGCCCCGACCGGCCGCUCCCUCCCCAUGGCUGGGGGCCUCCCGGUUGGGGUCCGGAGGGGCCACCUGAGCCGUGGGGCCCUGAGCCCGGACCUGUCCCUGUCCCUCCCCCGCCUCUGCCCCCCCCUCCUCCCGUCGCCUUGCCUCCUGCGGACCCUGCAGCCUACGGACCCGUGCCGGUGCCACCGGGCCCCCCACCGCCGGCCUGUGUCCCUCCAUUCGGCUUCCCGGCGUUCCCCCCCCCCCACCUGGCCCGGAGAGACGGUGCCUGUUGUGGAGGAAGUGAUGCCGAACCCGCCUCCAGACCAGCCGGAGUGGAUCAAAGCUUUGAUUUCAGCUCCCGGUUCUGAUUCGACGCCGGCUGACUUAAAGACGGCCAAUAAGACGUCAGAGGAGCCGCCUAUCACUCAAACUCCUGCUGUUGAGCCCGCCCCCCCGCCUGUAGCCCCGCCCCCCUCCAAACCCAGACCUGAACCCUCGAGGAGCUCCAAGCCCUUCGGCCUGCUGGGAAAACGCACGUUUGAAAAGCCUCCGCCGGGAAGAUCCACCGGCAUCAUCUCCUUCGUCGGGCCGAGUUUCGGAUACAUCGAGAGAGAAGAUCUGGAGAAGUUCACGUUCAGCUUUCCGGCGUUCUUCGGGAACCCGAAGGCGAUGGUGCCCGGAGUCCGAGUUCACUUCACGGCCUGCAGGGAGAAGCUGAACAGUUUGAUAGCGACGGACGUGAAAGUGGCUCCGGGUGGAACCGAGAACGUCGACACGGAGAUCUACGAGGCCGUCGUCAGUCAGCCCAUCUCAGAGCCGCAGCCCGGCGAGCGGCAGUACCCGGGUCAGGUCCACGUGGACAUCGGCCAGCUGCGGACCAACCUGACGUUCGACAGGAAGGACAGCUCGGUGACGCUGCUGAAGGACGACCAGGUGCUCAUCAACCUGCUGACCGACAUCGUCACCGAGAAGAGACGAGCCACCAACAUCAAACCCAAGAUCCCAGCGACCUUCGGCGUCACCAAGGAGACCCGAGAGACGGGCUUCAUCGUCAGCCUGGACGACAUCGAAGGCGUCAUCAAGUCCGAGGAACACGGCGAGCUCACCUUCGACAUCAAGGAGAACUUCAGCGACAUCGAGUUCACCUCAGAGGACAUCAACGAGGAAGUGGAGUUCACCGCCCUCUUGCUGAGAUCGGGGAAGAAGGCGAUCCGGAUCCGCCGGGUGAAGGAGCCGCUCCUCCUGACGCUCUGCAGCGCCACCGCCGCCGCAGCAGCCGAGGAGGAGGAGUUCGCCGCCGCUAACAGUAACCAUGACGACCGGCAGCUGAGAGCGAGAGCCAACGCCAAGCUGGAGCUGGGAAGCAAAAUGGUGCUCGACCCCGAGCUGUACGAGGGCGUCGUCAGCCAGCCGAUCAUCGAGCCCACGACCAAUAAGGCGGUGUCUAAAGGAGACUUCCACCUGGCCAGCUCCAGUUCGAGGCGGGCUCUCUUCCUGGCCGUGCUGUCCGUCACCAUAGGAACAGGGAUCUACGUGGGCGUUGCCGUGGCGCUCAUCGCCUACCUGUCCAAAAACCACCACUGGUAG